CUCUCUCUCUCUCUCUCUCUCUGUGGACAAGUUUACUGCAGUUUCUCGAGUCAAAAGUUUCUACUUCUGUUCAUUUCUUUGGGUUUUAAACCAAACACCACCAUGGCGGAACUAAGUUUCGUGAUCUCCAUGUCUGUGAUGACCCUGUUUUGGGGUAUUGUUGGAGGAGUAGUUCCCUGGUUUAUCCCCAAAGGACCAAACAGAGGAGUUAUAAUCACAAUGCUGGUGUUAACUGCAGUUUGCUGCUACCUGUUCUGGUUGAUAGCAAUCCUGGCCCAGCUGAACCCACUGUUUGGGCCCACACUGUCCUCUGAUACCAUCUGGUACCUGAACUAUCACUGGCCUUAAUUUACCCUUCCGGGACUCCUGAGCAUGCAAGAGAGAGGACCUGACACUGCUGCAUACCAAUGGAUGUUUGUUGCUCACUGCCUCAGAGUGAGCAGAGAUUAUCUCCCCCCCCGAAUCGCCUUAAACUCAGACCCCUGUGUGAUUUAUUGAGUGAUGCCCACGCUGGUGCCUUGUACAAAAAUAAUUCCCAAAGGACCUCUGAGAGAUCUCACUGAAUGUGCUUUACUCCGAUUGAAGCAACCGUCCCUUGUUGUGUUGUUUGGUUUAUAUAUGAUGUAUAUUGUGUUUAUUGCUAUAGUUAAUAUAAAUGACCUUGUCUUAAAUAGUUGAUGUGUGUUUUGUUUGAUGUGAUUUCUCUUCGUCUGGUAUUGUUAGUGAUGGAUGUAAUUCAUUUGAUAGUUGUUAAUUAAUAAACUAAUAAUCCACUCCA